CGGAUGUCAGCGCGUGAGAGGCCGGGCAGCCGGCGGUCGGUGCAGGAAGUGCCCCUCCGCGGUGGAGAAUGGAGAUCUCGGUUUGUGAAGGGCUGCCAUUUUAGCGAGCUUACGUAGCGCACAGGGAAAAUGGGGCUCAAGGUGGUCCAGCUGACGUCGGACUCGCAUCAUGGGAACAUCCUGACGUCUCUGCAUGAGCUGAGGCUGCAGGGACAGCUGAGCGACGUGACGGUGCAGGUCGACCAUCAGGGAGACGUGGAGGAGUUCCACGCUCACCAGGUGAUGCUGGCUGCCUCCAGUGGCUACUUCAAGAAGAUCCUCCUGUCUCCGGAUGAGGCGCGGGACAAAUUGCUCCUCUCCAAUAUGAACUCAAACGACUUCUCCAAGUUUCUGGAGUUCGUGUACACCGGCACAGUUGAGGUCGAGAGAGAGAAGAUCAGCGAUGUUCAAGCUGUUGCAACAUUUCUAGGCUGUGAGGAUCUGGUGAAGGUUUGCAGUGAGGCCAUGAGUGCUGGGAUCAUACCGAAACUGCAAAAACAGACCCCUGCGUCAGAAGCUGUCAGUACGGACGGCUUGCAUGACGCGAAAAAACAAAACAAGACAAGAGAGAGGAGACCAGCUGAAGCCGCCCGUCUCAAACGGGAGCUGUUGCCACAGCGCUCGGAGAAGGAAGAGGCUUCGAAAAGAAGAAAGUUAACGGGCAACAGUGAAAAGAGACCGGCGGUUAGACUGAGGUUGUCUCGUCGCAAACGGCAGCAGAGGCACUGGCGCGCUGAAAAAGAAGACAGUGACAGUGAGGCAGAGGACGGACUGGAAGCCGAAGCUCAGCCGGAGAACAACCAGGACAGAGAAGAGGAGACUGAGGUGGGGACACUCAUGUCUGACGUGGACGAGUUGGAACAUGAGAAUGAUAACCUGAGCGACGACGCUACUGAUCCCUCGUUCACCCCGAUCGGGUAUGAAGAAGAGGAGGAGGAGGAGAGAAAUCAAGAAGAAGAGGAAGAAGGAGAGCAGUCCGAGCAGAUGAUGAAGAAUUCCAAGGCCCGGUUCGAGUGUAAAAAAUGCCAGCGGACGUUCCUUUAUGAGAGAAGCUUCCUGAAGCACAUCAGCACGUACCACGGCGUGAAGGCGGCGGUCGUCUACCGCUGUGAAACCUGCUCCCAGACCUUCGCCAACCACAGCAACCUGAAGAUCCACGAAAAGCACGUCCACAGCAACGAGCGGCAGUUCACCUGCAGCAUCUGCACCAAGACUUUCAAACGGAAGAAAGACGUCGUUCGCCACCAGAAACAAGUACAUGAACGAAAUCUGCAACACAUCUGUCCCAUCUGUGGGAAAUCUCUCAGCUCCAAAACCGCCCUGUUGCUGCACGAGCGGACGCACACGGGCGUGAAGCCGUACGAAUGCACCGAAUGCGGGGCCAAGUUCACCCAGAACUCGGCCCUCAAGAUGCACCACAGGAUUCACACAGGAGAGAAGCCAUAUGCAUGCGACCAGUGUGAGGCUCGCUUCACUCAGAAGCACAUGCUGUCCUACCACAAGAGAUCCCACACAGGAGAGAAGCCUUUCAUGUGUGAGGCGUGCGGGAAAAGCUUCUCCUCCAAAGAAUACCUGAGGCACCAUUCGAACAUCCACACGGGGUCCAGGCCGUAUAAGUGUGAGCACUGCGGCCGAGGCUUCGCUCAGAGGAACUCCCUCAACCAGCACGUCAAAGUGCACACAGGCGAGCGUCCGUACAGCUGCAAAGAGUGCGGCCGGCAGUUCACCCAGCUCAACGCGCUCCAGAGGCACCAGCGCAUCCACACGGGGGAAAAGCCCUUCAUGUGCGGCCUGUGCAAACGCACCUUCACGGACAAGUCCACGCUCCGCAGACACACCACGAUUCACGAUCCAGACACGCCCUGGAAGACCUACCUGGUGGUGCUGGAGGGAAACGUGGAGAAAAAGAAGCCAAAGUCUCCAACCAAAGGGAAGACGGAGAAAGAGAAGGCGGCGCCGGCGGAGAAAAAUAGCGCUCCUCGGAAAAGCCCCGCCGCCGCCGCCGCCGCUCCCGGGCAAGACAAAGCAGACGGCAUGAACCCGGUGCCAGUUCCGACCGGGCAGGUCACUCUCCCACCGGACUGGACCGGUCACGGCGCCAUCGCCCUGGUGAGCCACGGCGGGAUCACCGUCAUCCACACCGAGGUCCCCUCGGGGACGCACCUGCGGCCCCUGAUGACCGCCGACGGCACGGGCGCCAACGUCAUCUCCAUAGACGGCUCCGCCAUCCAGGUCCCGUUCUCCAUCCCGGUGACCGUGUCCUCCGAGGCGCCGUCCACCUCUCUGUCCGUGCCCGCUCUCUCAGAACCCGUUCCCGACGGCCUGCUAGCAACGGUCGGCGCCGUGUCCACGCCGUCCGUGCUGGAAGCCGCCGCCUCGCAGACCAUCCUGGCUCCGGUUUCGAACGCGAUCGCCCUGCCGCCUGACAUUCAGGCGGUGAUCGUGGACGGCGAGGCCUGCGAGAGAGACGAGAGCGAGGAGAGGCAGCCAGAGGGAGACGAACCGGCAGCCGAACCUGAGGAGGACUGAAGUCCAGAUCGUCCUCCUGAGGAGACGCAAACAAAACUGUCUCAACAGGUUUUCCUUUAAAUACAGAGGUGUGAAAAAGUGUUCUCCUCUUCCCCAUUUCUUAAUUCUUUGCACGUUUGUCACACUGAAAUGAUUCAGAUCAUCAAAAAUAUUCAAAUAUAAGACAAAGACAGCACAAGUAAACACAAAAUAAAGUCCUUAGUGAAGGUUUUUAAUAAAAGAAAAAAAAAAUCUGACCUACAUCACCCUGUGAGAAGAAGUGAUUUCCCUCCAAACCUAAUAACUGGUUCUGCCACCCUCAGCAGCAACUGCAAUCAAGCGAUUGCAAUAACUUGUAAUGGGUCUUUUGCAGCACUGUGGAGGAAUUGUGGCCCACCCGUCUUAGAAUUACUCUAAUUCCGCCACGUUGGAGGGUUUUCCAGCAUCUCAGUAGGAUUCAGGUCAGGACUUUGACUGAACGCUCCAAAGUCUUCAUUUUGUUUUCCUUCAGUCAUUCAGAGGUGGACUUGCUGGUUUGUUUGGGGUCAUUGUUCUGCUGCAGAACCCAGGUUUGCUUCAGUUAUGGCUGGACAUUUUGCUUUAAUGCGGUGGGGGGGGGGGGGGGGGGGGGUAGGUUGGUUUGGAUUCCCCCCUCCCCCCCCCCUCCCAUAAAAAAACCCAUUAAACUGCGUUUUGCAUUUAGUUGUCUUUGUAUUCGAAUUACUUGGAUCUGAAAUAUUUAGGUGUGACACAUGCAAAACGAUAAAUAAAAGGGAAAAACACUUUCACACUAUAUGUAGGUGAGAACAUUUGUUUUGGCAUAAUUUAUUAUUUUUUAAUGCUUUUGUGAUGCCAGAUAUCUGAACAGAAACUUUCAUCAUGCUCUCAAGUGUUAAUAGUGACCAGAUAUUGCUUUUCUCAUAGUGGGACUUUCCAGUAUUCAGUGUUUAUCCGAGGUUUGAUUAGGUAUUGGCAUCAUACUAUUGUACAUUUAGGAGAAAUUGUGAGAUUUGAAAAAGUAAAAUAAUAAAUUAAAGACUGAAGAAUGUAUC